AUGAGAGGCUUGUGGCAUGGGAGCAAUAUUGACAUGAGUUUAGCAUUGAAGAGAAAGUUAUGCGUUCUUGGGGGAAAAAGGACGAAUAGAGCACGAAUUUGUUGGGUUUUGCAGGUGAGAGAGGAAGCUUGCUCUCUGGAUGUGGUUGUUUUAGCUAAUGAUGAAGUAGUGGGUGUGCUGGGUAGUUUCCACCAGCUCGACGAAAACUCUGUCAAGCUUUGGAAAAGUUUACCAAAAGGGAAAAUGGGAAGAGAUGGAAGGAUGGGGCCCGAAAUUGCAGAGGUUUCAGAUGUGAGAGAUAAAGCUUGCUCUCCAGAUGUGUGUUGUGAUGAUGGGUAG